AUGAUGAUGGGGGAGAGAAAGCCAGAUGUGGAGAGAGAUCCAGAGGUGGAGAGAGAGUCAGAUUUUGAGAAAGACAAUCUGAGAGCGGCGAUCAGGAGAACUGGUGUUCGUCAAGCAUGUGACGGCUGUGAGGGAGUGAAACUGUUUUAUGACCUCUUGAAGAAGAGCCCAGAGUUGGAAUUGUCUGUCUCUCUCUUUCUGUGCAGGUGUUUGAUUACCCAGCAGGAGGUGACGAGCUUCAUCGAGAGGUGCAUGACGGCGGUGGGCACCAAGCAGCAUCAUGCCCGCAGCCUGGCACAGGUUCUGGUGGAGGGUGACCACAGGGGACACUACAGUCACGGACUGAACAGGAUGGACAUGUACGUAAAAGACGUUCAGACGGGAAUCUGCGCCAAGGACGGAGAGCCAGUCAUAGAUAAAGAGAGUCCCGCUACUGCGCUUGUGGACGGGAGGAACCUCCUGGGCCCCGUGGUUGGGAACUUCUGCAUGGAUUUGGCUAUCAAGAAAGCCAAAGAAGUUGGUAUCGGUUGGGUGGUCGCGCAUGGCUCCAACCACUAUGGCAUCGCCGGCCACUACGCCAUGCGAGCUCUGAAGGACAACAUGAUCGGAAUGUCCUUCACCAAUACGUCACCUCUGGUGGUCCCCACACGUGGCAGAGAGUGCACCUUAGGCACCAACCCCAUCAGUGUGGCAGCUCCAUCCAAAAACGGGGACAGCUUCGUCCUGGACAUGGCCACAUCUGCGGUCGCGCUUGGAAAAGUGGAGCUGCAUGAUCGCCGCGGUGACACUAUCCCUGAGGGAUGGGGGUGCAACGCCCAGGGCAAGAUCACUCCUGACCCCAAGCAAGUUCUGAACGGAGGAGGAUUGGUUCCCAUUGGCGGCAGCGAGGCCACAGGAGGGUACAAAGGUUAUGGACUGGGAAUGAUGGUGGAGGUUUUCUGCGGUAUACUGGCCGGCGCCAAGUACAGCAAACACAUCCGCACAUGGAAAGUAACAGACAGGGUUGCAGACCUGGGUCAGUGUUUCGUGGCAAUCAACCCGGAGAACUUUGCUACUGGGUUCACCGACCGCAUGGCGGACCUCUUGGCCAUCCAUAGGGGACUAGACGCUGCUGACGCUGACUCCCCUGUUCUGACCGCCGGAGAUCCCGAGAGGGCCAACAUUGCCAAGUGUGACAAGAUGGGCGGUAUACCUUACCACAUUAACGUCGUCAACUACAUGAAUGACUGUGCCAAGAGAGUGGGCGUUUGUCCUCUGCUGCCCGUCGACAAAAUCAUUCCAGAAUAG